UUUUUAUGCCCCGCGCAUUAUAUUGUAGUCAUGCUAUGGAAGAUGUAAGAGGCGAAUUGCGAAAAUAUAUAAAUCUACGGCUCACUUGAAUCAGAAGCAGAGCCACCACAGGAAGCAAACCUGCAUCAAGUUGAGAAAUAGAGAGAUGGAAAAUGGCGAGACCAAAACACUGCCAAAAUCAGGGGCCAUGGUUGGUGGAGAUGGACCUCGUAGCUAUGCCCAAAAUUCUUCUUAUCAGAGGGGAGUGCUGAUUAUCGUGGAUGAAUUGAUGGAUGAAGGCAUCAAAGAGACGCUUGACUUUAUAAGCCCUUGUUCUGAUUCUUCAAAUAUGUGCAAAUUUCGAAUCGCAGAUUUUGGAUGUUCUGCUGGGCCGAAUACAUUCUUGGCAAUGGAGAAAAUCAUGGAAGUGUUGGGGAUUCCGACCGUAUACUUUGCUGCUGGAGUGCCUGGUACUUUUUAUGGUCGUCUAUUCCCAAAGUCAACGCUCCAUCUUACAUACGCUUCCUAUUCCUUGCAAUGGCUCUCUAAGGUUCCAGAGGAAGUUGUGGACACCAAAUCUCCAGCGUGGAAUAAGGGUAGCAUACAGUGCAGUGGAACUGCAAAAGAAGUAGCGAAGGCGUAUUCAGCUCAGUUCAAAACGGAUAUGGAUAACUUUCUGAAUGCUAGAGCUCAAGAAAUUAUUGGUGGAGGAUUGAUGGUGAUCAUAAUUUGUGGUCUUCCUGACGGAAUCCUUAUGUCUCAAACUGUAGUUGGAAUAUGCAUUGAGCUUUUGGGGUCUUGCCUCAUCGACAUGGCGAAAUUGGUAAGCAAUAACAUAUGGCUUGGUUUAUUUUUUGGAGUGAUUAGUGAAGAAAAGGUGGAUACCUUUAAUUUGCCUUUGUACUACUCUUCAGCUAAGGAGUUGGAAGAGAUUAUAAAGAACCACGGACAUUUCUGUAUUGAGAGAUUGAACAUGCUGAAUCAUCCCAUGAUGAAAAGGAAGAUCGAUGUCCAAUCUCAUAUUUCGCAAUUUAGAGCUAUUUUUCAGGGACUAUUGGAAGCACACUUUGGAAGGGAUGAUGUUGACAAAAUAUUCGAAUAUCUUGCCAAGAAGCUUGCAGAGAAUUAUGACUCUGUCUUCAAUGUGGCAAAGCAUCAACACGUCGAGCAUUUUAUCCUGCUGAAGCGUAACAUUAAUUGAUGAAAGAUAUGCGUCAUUGGAUUUCAAUGUUUUGUGGUCUUAUUACCAUACCGAAUAAUGUUUGUAUCUUUUAUGCUCUGGUAGCUAUACUGCUACGAUUUUCUUUUUUCUUUUUUCUUCUAUCUGUCUGUUCUUGUUCUUGCGAGUGGUAGGGUGCCCAUAAUGCCAUACUUGAAUCUUUUAAAGCAGAGAAAUUAAUCGUGCAUUGAGAUUCGGCCAUUGGAUCCGAUCCUUACAACGA